UGGCGGCAGCAGGUCGCAAAAGAGCUGUGGCGUGGAUUGAACGUCUCUGUGAUUGCGUUGAAUGGGGGAUGCCAUCAUUAUUUCUAUGUUUUGAAUUCUAGAAAUCAUCAUGCUUGCUUUCUCUUCCUUUUCAAUUUACAGUUUUGGUGACUGAAAAUUCCACAUCUUCUCGAACAAGAGACUGUAACGAAAAAAGCGCUCACUUAUAUAAUUUAUCAUUUAUACAUCUUACUUCAGUUUUUUUUCAGUUGCUUCGGUCUUCAAAAUUGAGAAGAGAAAUCUGUAUCCCAUGACUUUGAAGUUCUCAUAGACCAGUCAAAUUUUAUUGUAUGAAAUACCAACAGUCUGAAUACAGAUCUCACACAGAAGGAGAUGGAAUUUGGAGUUUCUUUUGAGAAUGACAAAGCAUUGGCGGCUGUAGAUGAGUACAAGGAUUCGAACAAGGGAUGGGACGAUGAGGAGGAGACUCUCUCAUUCUGCGGCUUCGUUAAAGAACAAGCGGCACACAAUGGAGACAGCAAGUUACGGGAUUCGAACGCGGGAUCAUCAGGCCUGAAAGAGGAUUUCGAUUUCGACUUCGACUUCGGCCGGACUAGCUCGACGACACAUAAUAUUUGCUCUGCGGAGGAUCUGUUUCAGCAAGGCCGCGUCCUACCUUUCACUGUCCAAAGAUGUCUGAGUGAAUCCGAAGCACAUUUUUCAGACACCAAAUCAAAUUCCCGCCAAGAAAGUCGCCGUCUGUUAAAUGAAAAGAUGCAGGCAUGGAGAACAGAUUCAUCGGACAUAAAGUCCAAUUCUUUGACCAAAGAUCAAGCUUCACAAAGAAAGGGUUUUCACUCUGCCUCUGCCAAAAAUUUACAGCACGGCAAUUUCGUGACUCUAAGCACCAAUUCUACAUCUAAGGCAAAUCGGAGAUCAAAGCCGCCCCCUCGGAUCAGCAAAACGUGUAUGAAAUGGCAACAGUUCUUAACCCUAGGGUUAAUGAAAACAGAUCCUGUGACGGUGGAAGACAUUUUUAUCAGCCCAGGGAGUUCCAACAAUACUGGCUUGGACAACUCUGUUUUUAAGCGGUCGGUUUCAUGCGAUUAUCAAGAAAGCUUGAUUGCUGAGGAAAAGGAGGACACGGCUGUGAAGAUUCAACAGAAAUCCAAGUCAGGCAAGGGAAAGUUGUGGGAGAAGGGCACGGUCACAUCCAGGACGAUGAUGGCAACCUUAAAGUCAUUGAACAGAUGCAAAAUUUCCACCGAUUCUGUGAAGAAUUGCUUGAUUGAAGAUAGAAAAACAGGUACUAGAGGGCCGCCUAUUAAAUCGGAUGAAUAUACAGAGAAUUUGGCUCAGCCUUCCAUUGACAAAGGACAAGGUUAUGGGCAUUCGGAUUCCCCUGUAUUUCGAAGCAAUCCCAAGAAGUCAAGGCGGAUUUUCGCAAGGCUUCUUUUUCAAAGAGGCAUUUGAGUCGAGAUAUGGACUGUAAAACGAAUAUAUACUUAUUAUAAUGCUACGCAACUCAAUGUAAACUCUCUAGAGCCUUAAUGGAAAUAAUUUAGUUGUUCUUGUUCGCCUUGUCAUCAAGGCUGCUUGUUAUCCCUUGAAACGCUUUGUGGAUGCC